AUGAAACCUCAGAAGGAAAUCAGAAAGAGGGGGGGUGAGAAAGUUAAGCCGUAUCCGUACCGCGGAAUGGUGGCAAGAAGGAAGGACGCCACAAUCGAUGUGGCGAGUAUGUUCAAAGAUGUGGACGUUAAAGUACCACUCUUAACGGCAUUUAAAAUGCCCCAUGUCAGCAAGUUUAUUAAAGACUACCUGGCAGAGAAAGUCAAUGAGGAGGGUAGAAUGAUUGCAGAUGAAACUGUCUCUGCCGUGAUCCAACGGAAUGACCUCCCUUCAAAGAAGACCGACCCAGGAAUGUUCACGCUCUCAAUUUCAAUCGGAGACGUCCAGGUGGAGCACGCCAUGUGCGGCCUGGGAGCAUCUAUCAAUGUUCUGCCAUACUCCAUCUAUCAACGGCUGGGAAAGGCAAAGCUAGUCGACACGGAUAUAAUGAUACAGUUGACCGACAGAUCAUGUAUUCACCCGGAAGGAAUUCUGGAAGAUGUUAUUGUUAAGGUAAAUAACUUUCUGUACCCAGCUGAUUUCUUUGUAAUCAAGAUGACGGAGCCCGCAACAAAGGAGUCAAGCGGAGUCUUACUAGGACGGCCGUUCUUGUCCACAACCAGCACUAUCAUAGACGUACGAAAUGGAACGAUCAGCCUAGAUUUCAAAGGAGAACAGUACACGUUCAAUAUUGAUGAGGCCAUGAACGUGUACUCCAUCGAUGUGACUGAGCCCUUGGUACAGGAGAAUUUGGAGGAAGAAUUUUUAAAAAGGCAGUUCACUGACUCCUCCGCAGAUAAGGAAGUCGAAAAGGAAGUGGAAGAAUGGUUUGAGACCAUGAAGGUCGGAGAAAUGGACGACAAAGCCGUCGCAAGUGCAAUAAAUGAUUUUUGCGAGCGCCCAAAGCUAGCUGGGUCAAGUGGCACAGCUCAAGUAUCUAGCCUAGCGAAGCGGCAUGAUCAAGGCGAGCUACUGGAAAGAGACACAGCAGAAAACCCUCUGCCCAAUGAAGAACCAAAACCUGCAAAAGAGUUAAAACCCCUUCCUGCACAUCUAAAGUACGCCUACCUGGGUGAAGAUGAAACCAAGCCUGUCAUCAUCAACAAUCAAUUAACCCAGGGGCAGGAAGACAGAUUGCUGGAAGUAUUAAGAAGGAAUCAGAGGGCCAUCGGCUGGAAGCUGAUAGAUUUGGUAGAUUACAGGAAGCUGAACCAAGCUACGAAGAAGGAUCACUUCCCUCCGCCGUUCAUUGAUCAAAUGUUGGAGAAGUUGGCAGGGAAGCAGUACUUCAGUUUCCUGGAUGGUUAUAGUGGCUAUUUCCAGAUUGCUGUGAAUCCAGAAGACUAG